GAGCCUGCACACACAUGGCUCGCAGCACUGCACAGGGCUGUAUUUUUAGCAGACGGUAUCAAAAGCAUAAUUAUGUCUGUUGUUUAAAUGCAGCCUCUUUGUUGGCAGCUCGCAGAGCCUUCAGCUGGCUCCCAGGCUAUGCUACCAACAAGGAGGGCAAGGAGACACAAUGAGAAACCCAAUCCUCAGCUGCUCUGAGACUGCCUGAGCCCAGAGGGGUCCAGGUGGCAGGGGAUAGAAGUCCCCUCUCCAGGAUCUGGGAAUACCUUCCAUUCAGGGUACAGUGCACCUGGGAGGACAGUCAGCACCAUAUGCCGGGGAACAAACCAUGGAAAGUGACGCCAAGAACGGGGAGGCUGCGCCGAGCUGGAGGAGACCUCAGGGAGGAGCCCAAGAAACCCAGGUGCUAGAGACCGUGGUUGGAGCCGUACGCAGGAGCGGAAGUGCGGCACUGGGGAUCCCUUCCAAGAGCUGUCGGGAUGGGGUGGACCUGAGCUGCGGGCCUGGGCCUGACUCAGCGCUGUGCCCCGGGGAGAAGGCCUCUUUGUGGAAGCAUGCUGAGAGGGCGAAGGAGUUCUCUCCAUGUCUGAGAUGGGGCCGAGAGACCCUCGGGGGGCUGGAGACAGCACUGGACUCUCCGUACCAUCCUGCCGUUGAAGCAGAUUUCUCCAAGCGCAUGGAGGCCAGGCACCAGCUCCCCAGGAGGAUGCAACCGAAGGAGACACCCGAGUUCCAGCUCCACUCCGAGCCCAAGAAUGGGGAGGUAAAUAUCAGCUGGGUGGAGCAGAAUAAAGACAGGCCUGGCCCUAUGUGGACAGAGGCCAUGCUGGCCAGGCAGCUGGCUCUGUACAACCACGCUUACCACAAUUACCCCCUGCCGUUAUCUGGGCUGGAAAACCAAAGCCCGGCUGCCACUGGCAAACCUUACCAGCUAUCUGAGCAAGACUCCCUCCACUCCGCCAGUCCCUCUGGGGACAGCGCGGGCGAUCCUCCUUCCUUCCACCGCCUGAACGCCCACUGCCCCUUCCUGGUGGAGGCCAAGCUGGCGGAGAGGAACCCCUUCUUGGCUUCCUCCAUUGGAUCAGCAAGCACUCCAGCUGAGUCUGCCUAUGGCAAUAGCUUGGCCAGCCUAGCCCUGGCUGGCCAGCCCCAGGACUGCCCCUCUGCCUUGGGAGAGGCCAAGUACACUGACCCAGAUUGGCAUCGGGCACCUUACCCACGCGCAUGGAGCCAGCCGGUGUACCUGGCACCCCAUCCAAGAACAAAGACCCCGUCUGCUUUUGAAACCUGCUCCAGCUCAGGUAGCAAGGAGUUUUACCAGAAGAAGGAUCCUGGCUUUCCCCACACAGGAAAGGACCUGGCCCCUAUGCCUGACCGGGCGCAGCCUCGGCUGCUCGGCCAGUACGAGGUGGGGAAGGUGAAGCGAGAUGGAGAAAGCGAGAUGGAGGUGACCUAUGUGGAGCCCACGCGGAAGGGAGCUGAGCAGAGGGGGUGCAUGACACUGGCCCCUCCCAGUGACCAAACUCUUCCUAACAACCAUGGCCAAAUGGGUCAGCCGCUGUUCUACCUAAAGCACAAGGUGGCAGAGAGUUUGUGGUCCAGCCGGCCCCUGAUUCUGGAUUAUCCUCUCAGCAAAGCACCGGCCAGGCCCUCUGAGUCCAAAGACGAAAGCCUCAUGUACCAAAGCCUGAAGCCUGGCUCCCCUGUGGUGCUGCAGGAAUCCUCUGGCUCUUCGCUCACGGACAGAGCCCAGCCCCCUGCCCUUUCCAAAGUAGAGCUCCCAUCCAGGAUGGAGGUGCUUCCAGCUCAUGCUCUCCCUUGCAAAUGCUCUCCUUGGGACUGCCCCCUGAGAUGCUGCAAGAGGUGCCAGGGGGCAGGCUGCGACGCUGUCAACUCCUUUGGCACCAGAAAUGAGAUGCCUGGGCCAUACCAAGACAUAGAUGGAGCCUUAGGAGGACAUGGCAUCCAACGGGGCAAGGUUUCCUCCCUGCUGCCCUGCCCUCCCAGCAAUCACCACACCAAGCUGAAGAAGACGUGGCUGACCAGGCACUCGGAGCAGUUCAGAUGCCCUGCUAGCUGCCUCGGGGACAAAGGGGCUCCUGGUCAGAUCAAAGAGGGUUUACCUCUGAGGUUCAAAGCUUUAAAGAGGGAAGGCCAGGAGAGUGCCGAAGAAGCAGACCGAUCUGGCAAACGGACAGCUAAGCGGCCUCACAGCCAUGUCUCUGGGGAGGAUCUCUGGAGCCCAUGCGUGGACAGGGGUAGCUAUUCAGCAAAACGGAGCUCAAAGGUAGCAGAGGAGGAGGCGCUAAAUCCCACGAGGAAGGAUUGUGAGGCCCCGGAGCAGAGGGAGGUGCUCCCAGCAAUGGGAAGGAAAGCAGAUGCAGGAGAGGGAGGGCUCCUGAGUUGCAACGGAGAGGAUGCUGGAGAGCAGAAGGAGAAGCGAUACCUACAGAGCGUUCCAUGUAUGGCCCUCCCUGACUGCAUUGAGAGGUGUUGUGCUUGUGCCUCCAAGGACGGGAUGGGCGCUGUGCUCCGGGAGGAGGAGGAAGAACCUGUGGAAACCUUCUGUAGGCUCCUGCAUUUCCGAAGGCUGGCGUUCUGUGAUAGCGGAGAGCUGAGCGUGGAUGGAUUUUCCACGCUGGACGAAGCUGAGGGCGAGAGCUUAUGCCUGAGGAUCUCCAGCAGGGAGAGAAGGGCCCAGGACAUCAGCACCAGCCUCAGCCUCGCCAAGUAUCUCCUCUCCGUCCUGGGGGACCAGUUCUGUGAGGCCAUCAGGAGAGACAGAGAGGCUUGGCUGUGGGCGCAAGGGGAAAAUGAAAGGGUGACCGCCUGGCGGCGAGGGAAAGGCGCCCUGCAGGCCUGCGAUGCCUGCCAGCACGGCCUCUUCAACGCUCACUGGAGCUGCUCCAGCUGUGGGUUCCAGCUGUGCUUGGAGUGCUACCGGACCAAGAGAGAGCGAGCCAGCCCAGCCCGGGCAGAGGAGUCUGUGCAGUCGGCCAAGUGUGUCCAAGGGCAGGGCCAUGACGUUCUGUCCCUCAUCCCUGCGCAGUUCAUUCCCACCCACGUCCUGGCUGAGCUCUGGAAGCUGAUGCACGAAGUGCAGGUGAAGUUUGACAUCGAGUCGCGCUGCCCCUGCAGACUGAGCAUCCUGAGCAAGAGCCUCACCGGCAACAUGGGGGGCGGACAGAAGGAGGAGAUGGGGAACAUGACACCUUCGCUACAACCUGCCAGCAACGGAGAGACAGAUGGCUCGAGGGUAAUCAAGGAAGAAAGCCCAGACUCCGUCCACCCGCUGAGCAAGCAAGGCCCCAAGGGCACAGUGCAGACGUCCACCCUCUGUGAGCUCCUGACCUCUACGGCCAUCAAGCUGUGCCUGGGGCAGAACGGCGUCCGCAUGGCGUUCGCGCCCGUCUCCCCGGCCUUGCCCAGCGACAACCGGAUCACCAACAUCCUGGACAGCAUCAUCGCCCAGGUGGUGGAGAGGAAGAUCCAGGAGAAGCACUCAGAGUGUGAGCUGCGGAGUCCCAGCCCUCCCGAGCUGCAGGUCUCCCACUGCAUCCUGGCCCCAGGGGGACUCCUGUGGCUUCACGAUCCAAACCACUCCUGCAACUACAGGCUCUUCCAGGAGCACUGGAGGCAGGGCCAGCCUGUCUUGGUUUCAGGGCUGCAGAAGACACUGAAGAGAAACCUGUGGGAGCCCGGGUCAUUCUGCCACGAACAGCGGGGGCAGGAGGUGCAGGCGGUGAAUCUGCGAAGCCAGCCGGGCUGGACAAGGAUCAGCAGCAAGGACUUCUGGGACGGCUUUGCCUCCAGUGCCAAAUGCCUGGAGACAGAGAACAGUGGGGGGAACCUGCUCAAGCUGGAGAGCGGCUUUGGGGACAUGCCAAUGUGCAGGGCUGAAAACCUCUAUGCCAGUUUGCCACUGCUGGAGUACUGCGGGCAUGAUGGAAAGAUGAACUUAGCUUCGUACCUGCCGGGUAGCCAAGGCAGGCAGUGGCUGAGUCCCCAGAUCUGUGCUGCCUAUGGUGUGGCCCCCGAGGACAGGACCAUUGGGACCAAAAACCUGACAGUGGAGGCGACAGAUUCCAUCAGCGUCUUGGUGUACGUUGGGGCGUACCCGCUGGACGGGCACAGUGCCCAGAAAGAGAUUCUCCGGAGGGUGGAAGACGAUGGAGUUGAUGAUGUGCUUAAGGAGCGGCUCUGGAACACGAGGAACUGGGCAGGAGCCCUGUGGCACGUCUUCCGAGCGGAGGAUGCUGACUGCAUUGAGGGGUUCUUACAGAAGGUGUGCAAAGCCCAAGGGCAGGACGGGGCGGCCCAGCUGGAUCUGAAUGGCCACAGGAGCUGCUACUUGGAUGCGUCUCUGCGGAGGAGGCUGCGGGAGGAAUGUGGCGUGAGCAGCUGGACCCUUCUCCAGUUCCUGGGGGAUGCAGUGCUGGUGCCAACAGGGGCUCCACACCAGGUGCAGAGCCUUAGCAGUACCAUCAGCGUCACACAGAGAUUCCUCUCGCCAGAGAACGCUGCCCGCUCGGCCCGGCUCGCAGCCCAGACCACAGACCCUGCCGGCACGGUACAGAGACUUCGUGCACAGAUGGACAGCAUGGUGUAUGGUGCUGUGAGGGAGGCAGUGGGGACCCUGCAGGGCUACACUUAAGGCACUGGCAGGCAUGCAGCGUGGAGGCAGGGGGCUGGCUUCAGACCGGGGCCUCCAGGAGUCCAGGAAGCAGAAUUGAAACAAAGGGGGCAGCAGCACAGGAUUCCUGGGGAGCCCCACAUCCGCCUGUCUGGAUGGGGAGCGGCUCUUUGGCACUGACUAUGACAGGCCAGGGUUGUCAGGCUGAAGUGACUAGAGCGCAGGGCCUGUGACGAGGAAGAGGCUGCUGGACAAAAUGGGGCCAAAACAUGCUCAGGCCCAGCCACUCCCCUGCUCCGGGAAGGGCAGAAGCUGUGAUGUGGACAGGUAGGAGGGGAUGAGCCAUCUGAGAGACCAUCCGCCCAAGGGAUGUGACCCCCAGCUGUUCCAUACAGCCCCUGCCAGGAGCCAGCGGUUUGCAUGGGAUUCAAGCUUCCAGCGACACACGGGACUCCUGGGUUCCUAUUGCAACCGUUCUGCACUGAGCACUUGUCCGAUAUGCUGCUGCCGGCUGUGCCAGCCCCGCCUACCCGGCAGAGCCCGCGCCAUGCCCACACGACGUCACACCCGGUGCUCGUUCCGAAGGCGUCUUCCCACCGCUCGCCCUGACAAUGUCACGCUUGGUGCUUACUUCGGCAAUGUCACGCCACGGUGCUUGCUCCCGGGGGCGGCGUGCUCUGCCAGGUCUCUGUCCCCGCAAAUCCUCUCAGGGUGGAGGUGAGGGCCGAUGGGCCUGGGGUGGGGGAGCCAUGGAAAAUAAAUGUCUGAGACGAGUCUUUGAGGAGA